AUGCCUUCAUCUCAUUCGGAUACCAAGCCUCUGACCUCGCCUCCACCCGGUGAUAGAGAUCUUCAAUCAGCCUUGCAUGAAUAUGGCUUGGAGCCUACUCCCGAUGGCCGAUUGAUUCGCUGGUCUUCUUCUAAUCAGAAUCAUCCGCGGAAUUGGUCUCUAGGCCGAAAGAUCUAUGAUAGUCAUAUGAUUAUCUUUUUGGACCUAUUUACGUAUGUUGUUGAGCUUGCUCCCUCGUACACUAGCAGAGCUAAUUGGUGGACCAAUAUUAACUAUCUUCAGAGUACCGCAGCCGAUCAUGCACAACAGGAAUUCGGGAUCGGGCGAACAUUUUCAAUCUUCAUCUUUGUUUCUCUAUAUAUGAUUGGCCAAGCCAUCGGGGGCAUCAUCUUCCCAUCCUACUCCGAGGCCUUUGGUCGGAAAAAGCUCUACAUCAUCAGCGCUGCUCUAUAUAGCAUCUUCUGCGUUAUCGUGGGAGUAUCUCCCUCCAUAACAGGUGUGGCCUUUGGUCGACUAAUAUCAGGGUUUUUAUCGGCUAUGCCAACCAUCGUUGUGGCGGGUAGUAUUGAAGACAUGUUCAAUUCCAGAGACCGGGUUUGGUUGAUCUUUCUAUGGGCGAUGGUCGCCAAUAUCGGUCUAUGCAUGGGCCCAAUCAUGAGCACAUACAUCACUGCUCAUCUCGGUUGGCGCUGGGUCUUUCACAUUGCGGCAAUCGUCAUGGCAGUUCUUACUAUGUUUAUUUUUGGCAUCCGCGAGUCACGACCAUCUCUUCUUCUCGUCCGAGAAGUCGUUAAGGUGCGCAAAGAAUGUGGGAUCGAAUCCCUAACCGCUUUGAACCCGGAUCAUACGCCCGAUCUGAAGACAUGGGCUCGCCUUGCUCUGUUUCGUCCUAUCGAGCUUUUCUUCACGGAGCCCAUCGUUUGUAUGGUUGCGACUAUUAGUGCUGUCGCUUUUGCGUUGAUUUAUAUGUUCACUGAAGCCCUACCGCCGGUUUAUCAGUCCAUGGGGUUCUCGGAGACAUCCUCCUCGCUGCCAUUCCUGGCAAUUAUCAUCGGACUUAUCAUAGGGCUUCUCACACGUGUCCAGGAUCAUCGCAUGAUUUCAAAGUACGAGAAGGAGGGUUCUCUGUUAGAGCCUGAGCAUAAGCUUUUGGGGUUUUGUAUCGGCGCACCGGUCUUUGCUGCGGGGCUUUGGUGGUUUGCUUGGACUAUUCCUCCUCUUGUUGAGAAGGUACAUUGGAUUGUGCCUACCGCUUCGCUGGUGUUUAUUGGGUAUUCUAUCAAUGAGUUUGAUGCCGUGCUGGCGGGGUAUUUGGCCGAUAGUUACUUGAGUUUUGCGGCAAGUGGGUUUGCGGCUUUGUCACUUGUUCGGUCAUUGUUGUCGGGCGCUUUCCCGCUGUUUGCAACGCAGAUGUUCGAUGGACUUGGGGCAAAUGUUGCGGCUUCUGUUUUGGCGGCGGUGGCAACUGUGUUUUGUAUUGUGCCUCCGCUGUUCAGUCGGUAUGGAAAGAAGAUUCGGGCGAGGAGCAAAUUUGCUCGGUAUAGUCUACAGGUUUACGAGGAGAAUGGCGUCGAUAAAAAUGGGUAUUGA